AAAUAUAAAUACGCAAGACAUUCAAUUCCCUCAUUGUUUCUUUGCUUCUUCCUUCCCUUUUGUCUUCUCUCUCUUUUUCUUUCUUUGCUACCAUGAGCAGCAAAGGUGGCGGCGGGAGCGGUGGAGGUGUCGCUGAAGGGUCAAGGGUUUCGAUCCCCGACAAUGCAAAGAAAACGAUCCAAAGCAUAAGGGAGAUCACAGGGAAACAACACAGCGACGAAGAAAUCUAUGCAAUCCUCAAAGAGUGCUCAAUGGAUCCCAAUGAAACUGCCCAAAAGCUUCUUUAUAUGGACACAUUUCAUGAUGUGAAAAGGAAGCGCGACAAGAAAAAGGAGACAGCUGGUACACAAGGACGAGGGGGCCAAAGCAGUCGAGGGAACUAUUAUUCAUCAUCUGGUAAAGAUUUUGGAGGAGGAAGGAAUUCAUUUUCUAGAAGGGAGAACGGGGUUAAUCAAUCCGCAUAUAGAGGUUCUAUGCCUUCCCAAGCAUCUCAGAAAGUGAAAAAUAAUGCAGCACCUCACAUGACAAAAACUCCGACUGCCAUACCCAAUGGCACUAGUAGUUUACCAAAUGGGAGCUCCAGUCAUGGACGUGGACCCCAAUCAUCCAUUGAUGGUAUGUUUAGUGAAACUAAAGGUGGCUUACCUGUAAACAAAACAACUACUCUUUCAGAGCAAACAGUUGACAGAGAAUCUCCUGACUCCAUUCCUGCUAAGACCUUUAGCUCUGUGAUCAAAGGUCAGGAGAAGUCCGCAUCAAAUUUGAACGCCCCAUCAACUUCACCAACUCUUCCUGUUGUCAAUUCAUCUGCAUUUGAAUCUGGAAUAGCAUCAACUGUCUCACAGCAUGCUGGUGCUGCGGAUACAACAAAAUGUGAAGUUGGAAGCCAACAGGAAGCUACUGAAUCAAACGAUAUUCAAGAAAAAAAACUUGCUCCAUGUGAUAUUGACAUAUCUAAGACUGAGGAAAUGGUGACUGAGGUUCCAUUCUCAAUGAAUGGAAAGGAGGAGCCCAGAAAAUCAAAGGUUGCUGAACAGGUUAAGCAGUCUAAGCCGGUAGAGCAAGUGGUCAUAACUGAGGUUGCAACCGUCACUGGUAAAGCCAGUUCACAAUUGCUUGCUGAUUCAAAUAUCUGCAAUGGUCAACAUGUUAUUUUUCCAACCCACUUCCAAGUUUCUGAAGCAUUACAAAAUGGCUUAACUUUUGGAAGCUUUGAUUCUAGUUUUGGACAAGUUUUGAAACACACUGGUGUCACUAAUUUGGAAAUUAGCUCUGCAAGGCCUCUCGAAACCUUUCAGGGUGUUGACGAUACUGCUGGAGAGCCUGCUUAUAGCCAAGGUAUAUUACCAGCUGUGGAAGGGGACAACGCUGAUCAGCAAAAAGCUCCUCCUGAGUUUGAGAAAGCGCCUGAAUCAGAUUGUAAUGUUUCAUCUGACGCUGACUUGAAUGUUGACCAAUCCAAUCAAGAAAUGCAUCUGCACCCGGAGAGUAGUCAGAGCAUCAUUCCAAAUGUCCCAAGCUAUGGUCUUAGUUUCAUGACAGCAUCGGCAACUCACCCUGCUCAGUUUGAAGGACCUGAUGCAAGGAUUCAUGAUGUUUCUCGGCUGACGAACCUCAUUGUAAGCACUUGCUAUUUAAUUAAUGGUAAUUCUCCAGCUCCAUCUGGCAGUUCAACUCCACCUAUUCAGAACUCUGUUGCUAUUGCACCACAAGCUGUUCAUCUUUUCCGGCAGCCAUUUCCACCUAAUUACUUCCCUUAUCCACACUAUCUUUCACCUUUUUAUAUGCACCCUAUGCAUCAGUUUCUAAGCCCCACCGAACUUACUCAGCAACCUUCAACCGGCAACAUAUACAUGCCGCCUGGAACAACUCUACCUGGGGUCAAGUUCCCUCUACCACAGUUCAAGCCUGGAACUAAUGCAGGAAAUCCUGCUCACCUUGCAAUUCCAUCCGGCUAUGGUCCAUUGGCUUCACCUCCUAUUGGUUUCAAUAUACCUGUUCCAUCAGUGACUUCCGGAAGCUCUAGCAGCAAGGAGGAUAUUGCAGCAUUGCAGUUGAAGGAAAAUCAUAUAUACACUACUGGAUCACUGAAUGAAGGUUCAGCUCUUUGGAUGCCUGCACCAGGGCAAGAUUUAUCCAACUUGCAGGUCAAUUCAUUAUACAACCUUUCCCUUCAUAGCCAACAGCUUCCUUUCUCUCCUUCCCAAGCUGGUCAUGGUGCCUUUGCGGGACUUUAUCAGUCGCCACCACAAACAAUGGCUCCAACCAACAUUAACACCCUACUACAGCAGUCUCAACCCAUGGCAGCAGCAGCUGUGGGAACUGUAGGUCCCCCGACGGGCCCUUAUUAGCAGCCUCAACUCGCACAGGUAAACUGGAAAACUAAUUACUGAACCCUUAAAAAUCCUACGAUGAUGCUGUCUAGAAGAAAUCGAUUGUGGAAAUCUUUGGAAGGUGAAACACUGGCCAGGCCUUCUCGUGGAAUGUAUAUAUGAAAGGCAUCUCAGACACAUUAGAGUUAAUGGUGGUGGGGAAAAUAUAUUUGUUUGUGACAUUGUUUCGUCUUUUAAUCCCUGCCAUUUCUGUUAGUCUUCUUGUUCUGGGUAGCAAACCUUUUGUUUGUUGUUCAAUUGGAACUCUUAUCAUUCUCAUAAGAGAACUCUAUAGGAAUUUGAAGAGGUCAAUUAGAUUAGGUGGGAUUUUGCCAAUUUUUCCUUUUUUUCUCUCUUGAUAAUGUCUCACCUCUGUAUUAAAUUUUGAAUUGAAUAGCGAGGAACUGAUAUAAUAUAAAGCUGUAAUUGGUAU